CUCCUCACUAAGAAGGCUACUCAUCUGCCACACAAAAUAGUCUAGGCCUAAUCAUAACACUUCUCAGGGAGUAAUUGAAAUGAAAGUAUACAGGCAACAUGUCUCAGUCAGUAAAUCCUUUAUAGACUAGGCUAUUACUAAUGAUGCAUCAAGCAUUUGUAAAUGAUAUCAUUUUUGUCAAUCAAAUCACUUUGUAAACAUAGUUUGACCAAUAAUAGGCCUAUUUGAUUUGUGUCACCAACGAGUGACUGAAAGGAGAUACUACGGGGUCAUUGAAGAUGGCAAUCUGAUAUCUAAGCUAGUCUGCAUUCUAAAUGAAGUUGGUCCUCACUGGUAGAUUUCAACAGGGAAAUUACAUUUUCUGCAGGACACGUUUUGAACGCAGUCAUUCACCGAUAAUAUUCUCAUUUUUUCGAACAUAGGUCUAUCUUAGUAAAUGACAACUUCCUCGCUAUGUGAAGGCGCUUCAGACGGUGAAAGGAGUCCGAGAGAAAACUUUUGUAAAAACUUUUGAGCGAAAUGACACGGAAUUUACCUCUUUCAACCGGAAUGGUGGCUAUUUUCGCGUUUGUUUGGAUGGGGAGUCUCAUGCCACUCUGUCAAACGAUAAUAUACACAAAUGACUGGGCGAUCAGGAUAAAUGGGGCACCCGCCUCUGCAGACAGUAUAGCGGAGAAAUAUGGAUUUCACAAUUUGGGUCAGAUUGGAGACUUGAACAACUUUUAUAGUUUCCGCCACAGUGGGACGGUGGAGCGGUCCACGUUGUCCAACAAAGACUUUUCCGACCUCAUCGCCAAGGAGACCAAGGUGGAGUGGGUGCAGCAGCAGGUGGUGCAUUGGAGGACCAAGAGGAACUCCAGAGCCAGUCACAUCUACUCCAUUGACGUUCGGACGAAACACAUUCACCCAGGCCCCGUCCAACCUAACCAGACCCAGACAAUGGUUUUCAAUGACCCCCAGUGGUGCAGCUUGUGGUACAUUCACUGCAGUGAGGCCUCCCAGGGCUGUCCUUCCUACAUGAACAUCGAGGAGGCCUGGAGGAGAGGACACACAGGGAAGGGAGUGGUGGUGUCCAUCUUGGAUGACGGCAUCGAGAGAGAGCAUCCUGAUCUCAGGCCAAAUUAUGACCCCUUUGCCAGCUAUGAUUUCAAUGGGAAUGAUGAUGACCCCACGCCCAGAUACGACUCCAGCAAUGACAACAGCCAUGGGACAAAAUGUGCUGGGAUGGUUGCCGCGGCAGCAAAUAACUCUCAGUGCACUGUUGGAAUCUCCUUCAAUGCUCGGAUAGGUGGCAUUCGUAUGCUGGACGGAGAUGUGACGGACAUAGUAGAGGCCCAAUCCCUGAGCUUCAGGCAGCAGCACAUUGAUAUUUACUCUGCCAGCUGGGGGCCGGAGGAUGAUGGGAGGACUGUGGAAGGACCUGGCCCUCUGGCUCGCCUCGCAUUAGACAACGGCAUACGCACUGGAAGGAAGGGGCGUGGCUCCAUCUUCGUGUGGGCGUCGGGUAACGGUGGGCGGAGCAGGGAUCACUGCUCCUGUGACGGCUACACCAACAGCAUCUACACCAUCUCCAUCAGCAGCACCACCCAUAGCGGGGCCAGGCCCGACUACCUGGAGCCUUGCCCCUCGACACUGGCCUCCACCUACAGCUCCUUCUCCACCGACAGACAGGGAGCCAAGAUGGUAACAUUGGACCUGAAACAAGGCUGUAGCAAGGAGCAUUCUGGGACCUCAGUCUCCGCUCCAAUGGCAGCAGGGGUCAUCGCACUCGCCCUGGAGGCCAACCCACUGCUGACUUGGAGGGACGUGCAGCACAUUAUUGUCAGAACGUCACAGGCCAGUCACCUGACCUCCCCUGACUGGCACACCAACGGAGCUGGAUACCAGGUGAGUCACCUGUAUGGCUUUGGGCUGGUGGAUGCAGAGAGCAUGGUGAAGGAGGCUGAGCGAUGGAGACUGGUCCCCUCCCAGCAUGUGUGUGAAGAGGCUCCCACCCAAGAAAGCAGAACCAUUCCUCCAGGCCUUGUGCUGAGGUCUGUGUAUGAGUCUACCGGCUGCUCCCAUCAUCCCCUGCAGCACAUUGUGUAUCUGGAACAUGUAGUCAUCCGUGUCACCAUCACCCACAGUCCCAGAGGUGACCUCUCCAUCACACUCACGUCACCCGCUGGGACCAAGUCAGAGCUACUGGCAAACAGGCCUCUUGACCACUCCACUGAGGGCUUCCAGAGCUGGGAGUUCAUGACUACUCACUGCUGGGGGGAGAAGGCAUCAGGAGAGUGGAGUCUGGAGGUCCUGGAUACUCCCUCUCAACAAAGGGACAACAGCGAAACAGGGGAAUUGAGAGAGUGGUCUCUAGUGCUUUAUGGCACCUCAGAGCAACCAUACUCCAUGCGGCGUGAGCAAGCCCGCUCGGCAGAGCUGCCAACUGACGGUGGUGACCUCACUGAGGAAUACAACGGCCAAUGUGACCCAGAGUGCAGUGAGGAUGGCUGUGAGGGACCAGGCCCCCAGCAGUGUGUCACAUGUCUACACCUCUUCCUCAAGUUCAAGAACAACACCAGGACAUGUGUGUCUGUGUGCCCUGUGGGAUUCUGGGGCGACCGGCGUCGCUGUAAGAAGUGUUUCUCUUCCUGUGAAAUCUGCACGGGCAGCCGCAGUGACCAGUGUACUACAUGUCGUGCUGGACACCACCUGACCGAGGGAACCAAUAGUUGCACGGCAAGCUGUAGUGACAAUUAUUACUUGGACCACGAUGGAAAUAUGUGCAGGAAGUGCAGUGAAAAUUGUUUGAGAUGCACCUCGGCGAACAUCUGCACGAAAUGCAAACCAGGCACAAGUCUGUUGGGGAACCGCUGCCAGAGGAGCUGUGGACUAGGAAGUUACCACAACGAACAGGAGAGCACCUGCGAGCCCUGCCACGAGGCCUGUGCCACCUGUGCAGGUGCGGGCAUUGAGGCGUGUAACCAGUGUGCUGAUGGGUACCUGAUGGAGGAGUGGAGGUGUGUUUCCUCCUGUAGUCCUGGCUUCUAUGCCACGGAGAGCAGCCCACAGAAAACUAGUGAUGGACCCAGGAUAUGCAGGAGGUGUGAUUCCAGCUGUCUCACCUGUGUGGGAGCGGGGAAGGGGAACUGCAGCAGCUGUGCUGGUGGACACAGUCUUAUGGACAAAGUGUGUAUGAUCAGCACCAUCUGUGGUGAUGGAGAGUACCAGGAUAGCCAUGGGAAGUGCCAUGCAUGUGACGCCACAUGUCUGAAGUGUACAGGCCCAAAGUCCGAGGAAUGUAUCAGCUGUGGCCCCUCUAGGUCUCUGGAUCAGGGUUGCUGUGUGACUCAGUGUGCCCGGGGGAAGUACCAGUCAGGUGGGCAGUGCCACCUGUGUGACCACACCUGUGCCAUGUGCCUGGAUGGAGGGCCUGCCAACUGCACCAGCUGUGACACCGACAAAUUCAACAUGGACCGCUACCUGUACAAGGGGGGUUGUGUCGACGCUUGUCCGGAAGGACAUUACCAUACGCAGGAGAAGAGCUGCGAGGCCUGCCCCGACAACUGCAAGCUCUGCUCCUCCGCCACACACUGCCUGCGCUGUAACUCCUCCUACUACACCACUGAUGGAGUCUGCACCCGACUGGAGUGUGGAGAAGGUGAGGUGGAGGAUCCAGAGUAUGAUGACUGUAUGGCCUGUGAGGAAGGCUGUAAGAAGUGUGUACUGUAUAACCCCAGGCAUUGCCUAUCCUGCACUGACGGCUUUUACAAAUUCCAAGAUGGCUGCUACAAGAACUGCCCAGCGAAGACGUUCAGCGUAGAGGAGGAGAUGACCUGUGUGCCGUGUGAUGAAAAGUGCGUCAGCUGUGACGAACAUGAGUGCUACUGGUGUGAAACCGACCUCUUCUUAUCAGAGGGGAAGUGUGUGCCGGAGUGUCCGGACGGUUUCUACGGAGACGAAGACACCCAGGAGUGUGAAGAGUGUCACUCUGACUGUGUGACAUGCAGCGGUCCCGACAGUGACGACUGUGUGUCGUGUGAGGAGGGGAAGAGCCGGGAAGAGGGGGAGUGUGUCUCUACACAGGAUUCCUGCCCUGUUAAGACCUUCCUCACUGAUGAAGGGGAGUGUGAGGCCUGCCAUGCCUCCUGUGACUCAUGUUCAGGAGAGGAGAAGAGCCAGUGUAAAACCUGUGUGAAAGGGCGGUUCCUGUCAGCAGAGCAGGUGUGUGUGUUGAAGUGCCCAGCGAGCUCGUUCGCCAGCCAGCUGAGCGGUGUGUGCGAGCCGUGUCCUCGGGGGUGUGCGCAGUGUGCGGACGAGCAUCGCUGCACCCGCUGUCAGGUGGUACGCAAGGCCCCGCUCUACCUGCAAGACGGACAGUGUGUUCGUCAAUGCCAGAGUGGGUAUGCAGUGGGCCAGGUGUGUCGCGGCUGUGCGACAGGCUGUGCCUCCUGUGAGAAAAAUGCCACCCACUGUCUGAGCUGUGUGGAGCCCUUCCUUCUGUACAAACACAAGUGUGUGGAGGCCUGCCCCCCUGCACACACGCUCAGAGACGGGGAGUGUCAGCACUGUCCCACAGCCUGCCAGGAGUGUAGCCCCAACAGCGAGUGCACAGGCUGUGAGGAGUACCACUUCCUCUACGAGGGCCGCUGUGUGACGGACUGUCCCGAGAAGUUCUUCCAGGACUCUGAGCAGGACGUGUGUGUCCGCUGUCACCCUGACUGUGACCAGUGUGACGGUCCGGAUGGGGACGACUGUGACUCCUGUGCAGACCCAGAGGCAACCCUGCACAACGGAGCCUGUCUGCCAAACUGCCCCUCCCACACCUACAGGGACAGCAGGACUGGGCAGUGCAAAGACUGUGAUGGCUCCUGUCUUACGUGCUCGGGGCCCCACGCUGGCUCCUGCUCCAGCUGCAGAGAGGGUCAGAGACUGGCCACCGACGGGCAGUGUGACCCCCUGGUUAACAGGUGCACCCCCCGCCACUACACUGACCAGGAUGGAGAAUGCCACCCAUGCCACAAGUACUGCCAGCAGUGCAACGGGCCGGGCAAGAGCCACUGUCUGAGCUGCAACCAGAACCAUUUUAUACUGAAUGGUACCUGUAUGGACUUCUGUCCUACCGGGUUCUACCAAGAGGACUCAAGCCAGAGAUGUGAAGGAUGCCACCCAGCCUGUCUCACCUGCAUGGGCAGACACAGCCACGAGUGUCUCAGCUGCAAGGACCACCUAUUCAGAGAGGGCAAGGAGUGUGUGGACACCUGCCAACCAAGUCACUAUGGAAACAUGACCUCGAGGACGUGUGAGAGGUGUGACCCGAGCUGCGGUGAGUGUUCCGGGGGCAGGGCGGAUGGCUGUCUGAACUGUGCAGAUGGACUGCUCUACCUGAGGAAACAGGGACACUGUCACUCCAGCUGUCCCCAGGGACACUAUCAGGACAGACAGCACCACACCUGUGAGCCCUGUCACUCGAGCUGCAGAACCUGCUCAGGAAAAGGAUCUCAGGCGUGUGACUUGUGUCACAUGGGCUACACGCUGUCAGACGGAAUGUGUGAGUCCCACUGCAACAUGGGUCAAUACCCCGUGCUACAGGAUUGUGAGGACUGUGACGGUUCCUGUCUGGACUGUAGUGGACCUGGUCCAUACAACUGCACCAUUUGUCCUGCCCAUGCCAUCCUCACAGCCGGGGGGCGCUGUCUGCUCUGCUGUCAGAACGACCUGCCAGUAGAGGGAGAUUCCACAGCGCCGCAGCAGCAGCAGGAAUGCUGCAACUGCACUGAGACAAGAGGGGAGUGCGUCCUCAGCACUAACCUGGCCUUCCGCAAUGACGAAGAGGAGUCAACCGGGAACAUGGUGCUCUUCAUCACCACCUCCAUCCUACUGCUGCUGGGCCUGGGUACCGUAGUCUUCCUCAUCCGACGCUCCCGCUCCAAGAGCCCCUCCCUCCCCGACCCCAUCACGGCCCCCCGUGGCUACGAGAAGCUGGGUGGCGGGCGUCAUAAUACGACAUCCGCAAGUUCCAGCGGGCAUUUCCGCGAGGCCCAGUUGGUGGAACUCUCCGAGCGCUGCGGGGAUAAGGAUGAGGAAGAUGAGGACGAAGAUGAGGACAUUGUGUACAUGGGUCAGGAUGGAACGGUCUACAGGAAGUUCAGGUACGGACAGCCAGGGAAUGAUAAUGACGAUGAGCUGGAGUACGAUGAUGAGAGCUAUACAUUUCGCUGAUGAGUGAUUUUACGUUUUUUCUACAGUUCUACCUCUUUCUUCCUUUUUCUCUCUACCUCCUUUAUUUUCUCUCUCUGACUAGAUCUUUCCCUCAGGGUUUGCAUCCAUUUUAUUUGUCCUCCUUUGAUAUUCACUUAAAACAAGAAUGAAUAGCCAUUUCAUACUGAGGGGUGUUUAAAACAAAUGCUGUUCAUUCACAAAACUGUAUGUUCUAGUCAAAGACCAGUUAUUUUGAACAUUUAUGGGAAAUGUAUAUUUUAUUUUGUUGUGUCUUUGGUUUAUUUUGUGUGUGGCUUCAACCAUGAACCCUGUUAAACAAUAUCCUAUUUGUCGUCAAAUCGGUUUCAAAAUGGUGUUACUCCUCUUUGUUAUUGUGGUGGUUUUGAAGUUUAAUACGGGCGUCUAUUCAGUCUGGAACCGAUGAAGCGUUACAGAUUGCACAAAAUAAAUGUUAAGGUCAUUUCCGAUUGAGCCGACAUAUGCAGAAUUUACCCUGAAUGCCGUCUGCUACCUCGGGAACAUUGCCUUUAAAUUGAAAUCAAGCUGUAACGCUGAUGGAGUGGAGUCCUAACACUUUCAGAGUUAUGGUUUUGCCACUUGUCUUUGUAUAAUUAGUUUGCAGUCAUUGACUUUUGAUUAGAAAAUAUUGUGUUGUUAUUCAAAUAAAGUUGAAUUGAAUUUGAAGAAA